CAUGGAGGCUGCUGUGGGGCUGGGUACAUGUCACAUUCAGUCUGGCCUGAAGGGAAGGCAGAAUAUCUGUGGAUUACACCUGACCUCGGGGACUGUGCCAGGAGAGGGGACAGUGAGGACCCAGACAUGCAGUACCAGCAGCACCCUAGCUCCCCUGGCAUGGGUCUGAGUAUGCCCCUGUAUGCGCCCACCCCCCUGCAGCCUGUGCACCCAACGCCUUUCUACAUCGAUGACAUCCUGGGAAGGAAUGGAGCUUCUACUGGGACCCCAGCUCUGCCCACCCCGACCCUGCCAUCUCCUAACUCUUCAUUCACCAGCCUGGUGGCCACCUACCGGACCCCAGUCUACGAGCCCACCCCCAUCCACCCAGCCUUUGCCCACCCUGCAGCACUGGCAGCCUCCUAUGGAACUGGCACCUUCCCAAACCAUCUGUACCCAUUCUCCAGACCCAUGAGCGAGUACACCCAUGCCCUCAUCAGACACGACUCUCUGGGGAAGCCACUUCUUUGGAGCCCAUUUAUACAAAGACCACUUCACAAAAGGAAAGGGGGGCAAGUGCGGUUCUCAAAUGAUCAGACAAUAGAGCUGGAGAAAAAGUUUGAAACACAGAAAUAUUUGUCUCCUCCAGAAAGGAAAAGACUGGCCAAGAUGCUGCAGCUCAGUGAGAGACAGGUGAAAACUUGGUUUCAGAACAGAAGAGCCAAAUGGAGGCGUCUGAAGCAGGAGAACCCCCAGGGAAAUAAGAAAGAAGAAACCGAAAGUCUAGAAAAUGACUGCGAGGAGGGUCAGGAAAACUGUUUAAGCCUCGAGCAGAAAACUAAAGACUCUUCUCUGGAUGGUUCUCAGUGUUCACCCUCCCCAAAUUCCCAGGAGAACAUAGACACGGACAUCUCAGAUGAUUCUGAUGAAGAGGUGGACAUCGAAGGGGACAAAGGGUUCUACAAGUGUCCCCAUUGAUACAUGUCCCAAUGGGAAGACCUUAUUCAGCUUGCACUUUAACAGAAGCUGGACUCUGUAGGCCCAAGUCUUACCAUAGCGUGAGAACGAGGGGUUGGUGCCAUAGACAGUGCCUUAGCUGCAGUGUAUAUACUGAUUUUCCAUGUUAUGGACACUGUUCCUUGACAGAUUGUGCCUUUAACUUAAUUUUAUAUUGUAUUAUAUAUGAUCUGUAAAUAUCUAUCAAGUGCCUACACAUAGAUCCUGUGCACGUGGCCACAUUAUAACUACCCAUAGAAGUGUCUGAGAUCCUACAGCACCUCUAUACGUCUCAGAUGUUACAUGGAAGCACCAUGUGGCGGUAUAAAUGGUGCCUUAGAGAAAUAUAUGCAGUAUAGACGCUGGUUCAUCUCUAGUGAGAAACCUACAAUCAUGUAGCCGGGUAUAUACUGACUGAUAGAAGUAAGGUAAGGGGUAUGCUCUGGCUUUCUAAGUGCUGAUAAACUACACGGCCCAGCAUGCCCCCAUGGACACUGCUGCACCGCUAGCCUUCCCUGAUACGUUUUAUAUACUGGUAUAACUUUUUAUAAAACGUUUUCCAAAGCCAUCGAUGUCAUGGCGGUUGUGAUUCUAAUCCAAGGACGGAGCCAAGACGUUUACUGCUGUUUUCUAUUGUAUAUAAUGUAUGUAAUUUAUAUAUAUGUUUUGUAAAUGUUAAGAGACUGCAUACCUCAUAUUGUUUAUAUGACUUGUACAUAUAUUUUUUUUCUAAAACAUUAAGAUUAUAUUUAAUUUUUUUUGUGGAUGAAUUUGUGGAAUAAAAGAAAGUGAAAUUGCAUAGUAAAA